GCCCGUCCGAGACGCGCAUCCUUCCUGCGGGAGUCGUCAGAAUCUUCGGCAGUCACUCACGGGUCGGCCGCGAUCGAGAAUGCUACGUCGCGGUUGGCAGUUUCUCAUACGCAGUAGUAACUCUUACGCUCGUGUUUGAGGUGCUACGAUUUUCUCGAGAUGAUGCCGAAAAGGAGUCAUACUGGGCAGAUCGGAGGUGUUUUCUUUAAUGCUUUUCUCGUUGGAGUGAUCACAUUGUUGAUCUAUCAAAAUAUCGCAAAAGCGGAAGAGGUACCAGCGUUUUUUCUGAAGAUCGCGAAGAUACCAACGGUACCUCGAGUAGGACGAAGCGGCAAAUUUGAAGAUUUCUUUUACAAAGCCGAGAAGCACAUACCACGAAUUGGCAGAAAUAUAUAUAGUCAGUCAAACGAUCCUCUACCAUCGCAAAAUGAGCAGGAAACUUAUUCUGAUUUGACGAAAAGACGAAUCGAUUAUUCUACGAAAGUAGCACAAGACUCAUGGUCUUGGCAGAACUUCCCUCUUGCCAUAGAGGGUCCUAAGGAAUUAUGGCGAACAUUAUCUUUAUAUGCCAGAGACGACACUGAUGACAUCGAUAACGAGGUGUGGCACAGAAAGAAGAGAACUGGACCUAGACCAGUGAUUACGCAAACCAACUAGCAUGAACACAAGAAUCUUUCAUGACUUUGGGAACGUCAAAUACAGAACAUUAUACGGCCAUCGCAGCUAUGGUGACGGGUUAUAACCAAGAAUAAUAAAUACAUACAACUGAAGUGUAUAAUAAAUAUAUAAUAGAAGUGUGAUUUCACUUUCAUCCUCCUCUAACUUCUUCAAGUUGAAUCUGUAUAAUUCUUAUCAGUAAACGAUCAAUGUUCUGCGUUGUCAUAAUUUAUUUUUCUCAGAAAUAUUGUACAAUAUGUUGAUAAAUAUUCAAGAUUCUCGUAGAAAUAACAAUUUAGAGUAUAGAUUCGUAAUAUACAUCAUAUUAUAAUAAUUUUAUUGACUGUCUUCUUCAAUAUAUGUGUGUGUGGAUAUUUAUCUGAUAAUAAUAAAAUUUAAAAAAUUUGACUAA